AUGGUAGCCGAAACCCUCACCAUCCGCAACAACUCCAACACCCCGAUCACCCUGAAGCGCAUCCAGCGCUUUACGCCUCCCCAGAAAAGCGGCGAUGAGAUCACCUCGCUAGCCAGAAACUUCAGCCGCCUGGUGACCAACACCACCAGCAAUGCCGCGCCCGCCGUCAUCCCAGGCGACGCCAAGCCCUUCGCGGAGAAGGAGGUCGACGUGCACCUCGAGCCCUUUAGCACCAAGAAGACCGAGCUGCGCACCUUCAUCGACUCCGAUAAGGAGCGCAUGCGUCUGACCUUCGAGGCCGAUGGCCAGCGGUACCAGAUCCAGACGCCCGUGCCGACCAAGGAGUCGGCUACCAUGAAGGCCAUGGCCGAGAACCCCAAGCACCGCUUCACGGGCGUAUACGCGAAGCCCACCUCCCUGCUGGCGAUCUUCUCAUCGGCCAACUUGAACGCAUGGAUGCACGAGCUGCGCGAUGAUACCCUCCUGUCGGCCCUCUCUAUACCCGGCACCCACAACUCGCCUACCUGCCACACAGCGCCGCCCUCCGUGCGCUGCCAGGCCGUCAGCCCGCGCGAGCAGCUAGAGAACGGCGUGCGCUUCUUUGAUAUCCGCGUGCAGCCCGAGGCCCCCGAGGACCCGUCCAAGGACGGCCUGAUCCUCGUGCACAGCGUGUUCCCCAUCUCGCUGACGGGCAACAAGUACUUCCGCGACCUGAUGAAGGAGGUCAACGGGUUCUUGGAGCGCAACCCGUCCGAGACGCUGCUCAUCUCCAUCAAGCGGGAGGGCCCGGGCAAGGCUACCGACCAGCAGCUAUGCCGCAUCCUGCACGAUCACUACGCCCGCCCGGAUAGCCGGUGGUACACGAAGCCCAAGAUCCCGACACUGGGCGAGGCCCGCGGCAAGAUCGUGCUGAUUCGUCGCUUUGGUCUGCAGGACAAGCUGAAGGGUGAGAACGACGGCCACGGAUGGGGUAUUGAUGCUGGCGGCUGGGCGGACAAUACCCCCCACGCCAUGACUCCCAGCGGCCAGCUCUGCAUCCAGGACUUCUACGAGGUGUCCGACACCCAGAACAUUGAUAAGAAGAUCAAGUUCGUCAAUGCGCAGAUUGACCGAGCCAGUGCCUGCUGUUACCCCUUCGGUGCCCUGCAGGGCCCCGGCGCGACCAAGGCGCACCCCUUCUAUGUCAACUUCCUCAGCGCGAGCAACUUCUGGAAGACCGAUACCUGGCCGGAGAAGAUCGCUGCGAAGCUCAACCCGGCCGUCACCAAUUACAUUUGCAGUCGCCACGACGAGAAUGACCGUGAUUGCUCGACGGGCAUUCUUGUUACGGAUUGGUGCGGCCUGGACGGAGACUGGGAUCUUGUGCGCUCCAUCGUUGGCAUGAACGCUAAGCUGCGUUUGAGACAGCAGCAGCAGGGCAAGCAGCAGCAUCACCAGUAG